AUCUACAAAGGGGAACAAACACCAAGAGCUUCACAAAAGAAAACUGAAUCUCAAGAGGCCGAAAUGCAUGCGGUGAUUAUAGUAGGUUAUGUCACAAGAGUGACUCUUGUGGAACAAGGGUACACCGAGCCAGAAGGUGGAGGUGAAGGAGAUGCUACCUUGAGGGAAAAGAGGAAGAAGGACGCCAAGGCCCUUUUCAUCAUCCAACAGGCUUUGGAUGACACCAUCUUCCCAAGGAUAGCAUCAGCCAUGACGUCAAAGCAGGUGUGGGAUACUCUAAAGCAAGAGUAUCGUGGAGAUAAGAGGACAAUCCUGGUCAAGUUGCAGUCCCUAAGGAGGGAGUACGAGACGGCCAUGAUGAAGGAGGAUGAAAGUGUGGAAGAUUACCUCUCAAGGGUUACCGGCAUUGUGCAAAAGAUGAGGUCAUAUGGAGAGGAUGUAAACGACUCACAAGUUGUGAGUAAGGUGCUCAGAAGCAUGACCAAGCGCUUUGAUCAUGUUGUCACAACUACUGAGGAGUCCCAAGGACCUAGAGACCUAUACCUUUGAUGAUUUGAUCCAGAGGCCAUACCUUACGUCGUUCUUGGAUCCAUCCUAUUCCAAUUUCCAUCUUCAAAUUUCAAACAGAGCAUAUCCCCGACUGGAUCUUCAAAUCGGAGUCUCUCUCAUUCAUCCUAAAAUUAACUUUAUAUUUUGACUUUACUUCGUUCUUGGUCCCUCUCAUUCAUCUCUCCGCUAAGGAUUCCAGAGACUCUUUUUCUUUUUCGCAAUUGGAAUUGGGA